GACAAAGACCAGGGGGCGACAGGGCACAUUUAUUUCAUUACACUGCGCAGGCUGGUUUGGGUUUCUGCUUUUUGCAAGUUGGACCGGGGCUGAGAGCAAGUAUUUAACCCUGUGCUAUGAAUUUAGUUGGAUAAUCAACAAUUAUCGCUUCUUUCCUCUUUGAGAAGUAAGUCGUGACAAGGUAGGAAGCCUAAGAGAUAUUUUAUCUUAAGGGGUGUCAAAACAUUUGCACCUCACGGCUGCUGGUCUGUCAACUCGCAGUGUAACGGAGGAAAUUGUAGCCCGUAAUGUUCAAUCCACACAUCCACCACCAGCAGCAGCAGCAACAACAACAGCAGCAGCAACAGUUUCACCAGCACCUGCGGCAGCUACAACAACUUUUCCAGCAGCAACCUCCGCCUCCUCCUCCGCAGCAGCCGCCUCCGGGGCAUCAUGUCCCCCAUCACCACCACCAGACACAGCGAACCAUUGCCGUUCCUCCUCAGACAGCCCCUCCUCCCAGAAUGGUCAACCUGUGCCAGGCAACCCAAACUACCAUCAUCGCCCCCAAUCCCAUGCUGCAGGGGGCCCUACUGAUGCAGCAGAUGCAGGGUAACAUGCGGAGCUUUGGGAUGGGUGGACAGCAGUUCCGUCAGUUCUUUGCCGCUGGGGCCAGGUCUUCUCUGCUUGGGCCGAUUCCCAUGGGCAUGGCCAUCAAGUCCCCCAUCAUGGGUUUCCCAGCUGCUCGACAGUUCCACCCGCAUGCUCGCUACUACAACAACAACAACACCACCACCACAGCCUCUUCCUCCUCCUCCUUUGUCACUACCACAGACACUGCAGCUUGCCAGCCAGACAGGAAGAGGGACAGCGAGCAGAUGGCAGCAGGGAGCACAGACGACCAACCGGCAGAUAGCAGUACCAUUGAUACCAGUGACAAGACUGAAACAGAUGGUGCAGUGGGAGGAGGGGAUGGACCUAUGCAGCCCUCUGAAGACCAGCUUGAAGAACCUGUAGUUAAGAAGCAGAGGACAGAGGGGUCAGAGGAGCCAAAAGUACAAUGUGUUGUUGAGACUGUCACUAUUGCAGAUACAGAUGGGGAGGUUCUUACUUCAGAGUGUAACAGCAACACAGAGGACAGCCAGCCUGAAGACUGCAUCAUUCUGGAGGAAGGAGGCUCCGCAGGGGGAUCAGAUGUUGUUGAGGUGCUGGAGGAGAGCAGAGCGGCUGAGGUGCACAGCUGUUUGUCAGCCCCAUCCCCAUCUGGUAGGCUGAGUGAAGAUGAUCAGCAGGAUAAUUUACCCCCAGAGGAGAUGCAGACACAGGGUAAAGAUAACCCUUUGGCUUUACCAGACAACCCGGACGAAGGAGAUGAGGGUGUAGCGGAGGGCGGCAACAAGUUCUACUGCUACCUGUGCAGCAUUACCUGUCACAACCAGCAAAACUUCAGGAGUCAUAUGAAUAGUGUUUCCCACCAGCAGAGGAUGAUGGAGAUCCAACACAUGAGCAACGCAUGCCUGGUCACCCUGCUGCCACGAGUGCAGGAGUCUCUACAGGGAACAAACAAAGAUGGAGAAAAGAAAGCAGACAUGAAGCAUUGGUGUGUCACCUGUCACACCUACUUCACCGGCAGCAUCAUGGACCACCGUCGCAGCGAGGAGCACAAACUUGCCAGUAGAACAGCCAUCUCGUCCUGCACAGUCUGCAAAAAACACUUCAGGACCUCCCAGAUUUUUGUGGAGCACUUGCAAUCCCAGGAGCACAGACAGAAAGUGGAGAAGCUCCAGGAACAGGAGGGCUGUGAGGUCUUGGGCAAGCUGACAUCCAUGGACACUGAUGGCUUUUCGUUAGAAGAGGUAGAGGGCAGUGAGAUGGAGGAGGGAGAGGAAAGAGAAAGGAGUGAAGGAAACCAAGAUUGCUCUGAGAAACAGGAUGGCUGGUCCUCCCUUAAAGAAGUGACUCUAAAGGAUAUGGCCAGUGAUGAGCAGUAUGAUCCUGACACAGUCUAUGGGUCCAGUUUUUUUGUUCCAGUAGCAGGUUUUAUCUGCAGACUCUGCAACAAGUUUUACCACUUUGAAUCUUCUGCCCUACACACCCACUGCAAAUCACUGAAGCACUUUGAGAACCUCAAGAGUUACAGAAAGUUAAGUCAAAAGGGGGGAGCUGUUGAAUCCUCCAGAGAAUCUCUCCUAGCCGCAGCCAGCCUCAGGCCUGUAACAGAAACCACCACAGACUGUUUAGAUGGAAAUCCCCUCUCUGGUGACACAGGUUUAGUGACGAACCUAAACUCCAUGCAGCCUAUCAUUACACUCACCCGACUGAACAUGCAGACAGAAAACCAGCAACAGGAGGAACAAGCAGAACUUGACCCAACUUCACAGCACUUCAUCACCACCUCAGCAACCAGCACUGGCAGCACAGACAAAGACCUCAGCCUCCACAGUAAGGAGGAAGAGACCACAUCCCAGGGCUCUGUAGUUCAGGAGAGUCCCGCUGAGGAGCCAGACUCAGGGGCAGCAGCUGCUGUUGAGGAUGCUAAUGAAGAGGAGGAAGAGAAAGAAGCUCCUGCUGUCCCAGGGAAAAAGAAUGGCACAGGCAAGGCAAAAACCACACCCAAACGCAGGUCAGGGAGGGCCACAAACAGACACUGAGUCAAAGAUAAGAUCUUGAAAGAGAGGAAACCUGGUACAAUCGCAACCUUAAGACAGGAUGUGUCGGUAUGUGAAGAGGUGCUUUCAUGAAACAGAGACCAAGAAGUGAACAGCCCUGCCUCUCUCCAUGUUGGAAAGUCUAAAUUUAACACACACCAACAAAUAGGAAGACUGAAUGAUGGUAACAAAUAUGAAUAAUGAUAAGUGAUGGUGGAACAUGACUUCUUAUGUGAAUUGUUCUCCCAGGGUGGGAAAUUAACACCUGACAGCUAUCAAAUACAGGUUAAAUCAGUGAUGGGUGGGUAGGUAUCUUAAUAUUGGCUCCCAGUUAGAGAAUAAUUUUGUUGAGUAGGCUAAUCUCCUCCAUUAGAUUACAGCAAUAAAAGAUUAUUAUAAAGUGUGAUGCAUCUAGCUCAGAACAAACCCUUUUUCCUACUGUAUUUACAAAUCUGAAAAAACUACUUAAUAAGGAAAAGCUCCUUAUAUUGGUUACCCACUAGAAAAGCCAUCACAUGGAUACACAUGCUGUGUCCCAAUUCUAUAGUACAUAAUAAAUCUGAGCAGGUUCUGAGUAUGUAGUGUGUUUACAAUGGAAAAGUGACUGAAUAAAGAAGACUCAAAAAAGUCACUACUACUACUGCCACAGUGCAAUGCAGAAAGGACAUAGAGGAGCUGCUCACAGCUGCAAAACAUUUAAACUAAUUGUGGAUAAAAACAAAAUUGUUGGUAAAACGGCUUUAACGCCCCCAGGUAACAGAAAAAUGAAUAUUAAAUCCUUGGGAAAACAUUUUGAUAUUUAAUUGGUGGAAAAAAGUGACAUUCCAAAGCUUCAGUUUGAUUGACAUGCUUUCCUGUUAGUAUAAAACAGUUCGUUACAUAGAUUUUUUUUUUUUUUUUUAGCAAUGCUAGCAGUGAUGCUAUAGCGGUAUCUCAACUAUCUGAUGGAGUGCCAUGAUAUUUUAACAAUGAUUCUUGGUCUCCAGAGGAUGAAUCCUAAUGACUUUUUUUCCACUAGUGCCACCAUGAGGUUGACAUUUGUGGUUUGAGUGAAAUGUCUCAAUUACUGGAUGAAUUGCCAUGAAAUUUGAUACAGACAUUCAUGCCUCCCUCAGGGUGAAUUAAUAUUAACUUUGGAAAUACUUAAACGUUUCAUCUAGCGCCAUCAUUAGGUCGAAAUUUCAAUUUGUUCAAUAUAUUGGUUUAUGACUAAAAAUCUGCAAAACUAAUGACAUUCCACUAGCUUCAGCUGUAUUUUGUGUUUAGUGCUAAUUAGCAAAUGGUAGCAUGCUAAACUAAGAUAGAGAACAUGGUAAACAUUAUACCUGCUAAACAUCAGCAUGUUAGCAUUGGCAUUGUUAGCGUGUUGACAUUAGGAUGUAGCUCAAAGCACCGCUCUGCUGAAGUACAACCUCACAGAUCCAUUAGCAUGGCUUUAGACUUGUUUGUUUACUAACUGCAAAAACAGUAUACUAUGACAAUUAUACUGUAUACAAGUAGAAUGGAAUUGGGACACACUGAUUUAAAAUCAUAGAAGCUAAAUGCAGUUUAAAUAUACAGUAUUUUAAAGGUACUAUGAGUAAAGUAUAGUAUGACAUGAAUUUUCUAGACAUGGGAGAGAAAAAGAAAUCUGUGUUGGGUUUUUUUAAUUUACCCCAUCUGCAAUUGAAAAUCUUUUUUUUUUUUUUUUUUUUUCUCCACCUUCUGUUCCUAAGUAAUACAAUCAUUGUAAUUGCUUCUGACCCUUAAAUGAACAGUGUCCAGGUUUUUUAAAUGUGGCUGGGUUUAAGGGAUAAAGGUGGCUGGCUCACCAAAAGCUAAUUUCCCCCUGCUGUCUUCAAGGAUCGGGAGGUUGAUGAGGGCUGAUUGUCAGCUUUUGCUAAUUCUCUAGCUAGAUGAAUGAUUGUUAACUUUAAUAUUACCUACAAGUGGAGACACUUUUAAACAUUGCUAACCACAUGCAAUAGCACACACUUUUAGCGACCUGAAAUGUAGAAUGUAACCAAAUUAAGUGUUUGAGCAGGUGACCACUUCUGUUGAAUGAAUGGAAAAAAAGUCUUGAAGCUGAUCAUUGCUUUGUUCAGAUUAUUUUAUCAUUGCUUUUUUUUUUUUUUUUUUUUUUUUACAUUUUGGGUUAUAGUUGAUGCCAUGUUUUGGGCAAAAAAAGUUGUCAGCAGUUGUAUUGCCUGAAACAGUCCUGCACACAUUCUUAUUGGCAAUUGGGAAGUUUUUUUGAAGAGUUUAAAAAAUCCCAACACAAUCUGGAGUAGUUGAAUGUAGUAGUCAAGAAAAUGUCUAAAAAACCUUUUACAGCUCUAAAAUGAGAAUCUACAGCAGCCAACAGCUUCAUCAACAUGUCACAAGCAACAAAAGAAAGGUGUUUCUGCUAACAACCAGGCACUGAAUUCAAAUUAUGAGCUGUCCCCAACUCCCCUAGGACUCUUCACAUUCACAAAAGGCUGCACUAUGUCUGCAUUUUGCUUAUUUUGAAAUUUUAAAGGUUGUCAGUUAUAUGCAGGUAUAUGCUACUUGAAGCUUAAGACUGUAAGUUGUUGUUUUUUUUCUUGUUGGGUGUUGAAGAUUGCGUCUUCAGAGGACCCACAAAUUAAUCUUUUAGCCCAGAAUUCAUAAUGAUAUGAAAAGCAUUUGUGUAGAAUGGAUCGUGUUGGCUCAGUGAUUUUUAUACAGUCACAUUUGGUGUCACAUUGUCACAUUCCCAUAGACAUUUGUCAAGUAUGCGUGCAUUUAGUAAACAGUUCCUUUAAUUUCCAUGGACUUACAAUGCUGUUGGUGCUUAUUUCCAAUUAACCAUUGUAUUGAUUGUUUUGUUUUUGUUUUUUGCUUUACACUGGACAGAUGGAAUCACAGUUGAGUUAAUGGAAGGAGGAAAAACAUGAAGUGUUUGUAGGUAUUUAAUGUAAAAAAUUAUCCUUGCAAACUUUAAACUCUGAUUUUAAGCACCAAUAACAUACAGAAUAUACAAAUGCAGAACUUUGGUUCCAGCAUUUCAGCAGUCACAAGAAACCACAAGGCAUAAAUAAAGCUGCAUCACUUCGUUCUUCAUGACUAGUGUGCUGUUCUGGAAACAUUUCAUCCUCCAUAUUAGAGAAGGAUAUUUUAAACCACCAAAGUGGUUGACUGACACAUGUAGCAACUCUUGUAGUCAUAGUGGCGACUGUCACAUGAUUAGCAUCGCAUCAUGUUCUGUCUGAAGGGACAAGACAUGAUGGAAACUACUUUGAUCACAGAAUUUCAAACAAAGCUGUAUGUUUCUUAUUGUAUUUUUAUUCCGCUACUGACAAAUUGAGAUGAACAAACAGGUGAUGUUUUCUAACUGCUGGAAGUUUAAUGUAUUUUUGGAUGUUUGUUUUCUGUUUGGGGGUCAUUUUAAUUUAUAUUAAAAUGUCAGACAAUUCA